AUGUCGGCCAAGAAACCCGAUACUCAAAACACAAUGAUGUUGGCAUACGUCGAAGGCCUAUGUAAACGAAUACAAUCGCUUUUGCCCCAUAGAACGGGUUCGUCCAUCGUUGAGAUUGAAUUGAACCCCCAUUUCCAAAAGACCAAAGAGAUCAUAUUAUCCAACGUGUCGUCGCCCAAUUUUGUUUCCCGUUUUUUUGAAGGAAUGGCCACCUUAAUCAAUGGGAUAUUGAAUGAAUCUAUCUCGUCAUCGUUAGCAACAGGAGCAUCGACUCCCAUGUCUGCUGCACCAACUCCUUCAACUCCAUUUGCACCUUCUCAUGCGUAUGUUCAGAGUCUUCUUACCUCGGGGCAAACGAGAUUGGCCGAUAGAGACGAUAAAACAAUUUCCUCCAUUGCUAUCAUUGUAAAGUUAAUGAGUGAAGUCAUAUCGGCCAAUUGGGAUCGUCAUAAGUCUCCUGUUCCCUUUGAACUAUGUUUUGAUAGUAUAUCCAGUUACGGGAACUUUCUUCAGUUCUCCCGUCCGUCCCAACUUCAUCUGUCAGCAGUCAAAACCAUUGUAGAGACUUUAUUCAAGCUUUUGUCUCAUAGAUUCACCUUGGAUAUCUUGUACGAGGUCACCGGUCGAAAGGAUAUCCCACAUGCCCUUAUUAAGGGUAUGAAUAUCGGAACCCAUAAAGGUCAUAAUCACCACCACCAAUCUACGUCAUCAACGCAAACUAAUUUGUCUCAUAAGAUUUCGGCCAAUAGCAUGACAGCGUCUUCUACUUUAAAGGAUAAGGACAAGGAAACUGCAUCCAUAGCUCAAUCGGUUGUGUCAUCAACAGUUACUCCCCAAUUCCCAAGCAGUCACCCCUUGGAUUCGUCGUCGGCUAUCUCCGUCAUCUCAGGUGUCCAGGAUCCUGCCACGACUACGUCGUCUUCGUCAUUACUAAGCAGUCCAAUAGUCUCGCCCAUAGCAAGGCGAAUCGCUCCAUCUGCAUCAGUAUCGGUAUCAGCGGCCUCAGCAACAACAGCAGCAGCAGGUACGUCAACAAGAACAAGGCAUGUAGGCACAUCUUCUACCCCUGCAUCAGGAGCACCAUCUCACCAUGUCCAAUCUCGUCAUGCCGUGCAUCUGAACUCGCCUCUUGAGCAGACCACUUUAUUGUCCACUACUGCUGUCACAGAAAUGCCAGCCAAUCAGGUUCUUUUGAACCAAAUUGAUGACUACAUCGACACCAUAUUACGGUACGUUUCAGCAGCCAAUCCAGAGGACUAUUUUCAGUACUUGUGGUCUAAAUUAUUUGUUCAUAGUGAACGAGAGGAAAUCAUUCCCGUGGUCAAUGUUCAGCUUUACACACAACUACUCCGGUUCAUGUUCUUUACCAAACCGGUCUUGAAGAAGGUCAUUAGAGGCUUGUACACGGCGUUACCCUUUGUGAAGUCAAAUACCUGGCGAUUGACUAUCUUACUAUUCUUUACCACUUCGCUACGGGACCAAUGCUUCUCCAGACCUCAAGAUUACCUUGACUUCGUCAGUGAUAAGCUGGACGGAGACUUGGAGACCUCUUUUGUCAACUUGUUUGAUUUCGUUUCCUAUUUGUUUGAAACCGUUCAACGGAACCUCGCUGGGGUCAUGAUUCAGACCUGGCUAGUGGUUUUUUGCCCCAAAGAUUUGGUGGAGAUGGAAGAGAAGAAAAAGCCCAGCAGAUUUAAGAAGAACUUCAAUAAAAGAGUCAAGUUUUUGCGUCAAAUGACUAAAGAAAUGGAAACUUUGGAUCUGUUGGACCCUGUGCAUUCAAUGCUUAACGUCAUUAAUUUAGUAGGGAGAUUCCCUCUGACACUGGAGGCUGAAAACCAUCCAUUAAGUAAGUUUGUUCACACUUAUAUGAUUGAGUUCUUUACUAGUAUGACCUUACUCCAAAAUUUACCUAAUGAUAACAGUCUUAGUUCAAUCAUUGAUGAUCUCACCGUCAACUUCAUGGUGGGCAUUCUUCGUCUUUUACCUGAUGAUGCAUUACGUGCAGACUUUAUUAAGACUUUCCGAGAGGGUAAGCAUUCGCUUCGGAUCACUCGAUUGACUCUCAAGAUCCUUCUUGGUUUAGCAAGCACUUGUCGAGCACAUUCCAUCCUCAAGGCUCUUGUGCAGCCUUUGAUGUUGGAGUUACUGAAUCUCAUGUUUGGAUGCAUUAAGAUCUUGAACUUGAAUAAUAAGAGCAUGCACAAUUAUCACCAUACAGCGUGUGAACGGUAUUGUUUGAAUAACCCGAACUUUAACUUUGAUUCUGUGGAUACCUUUGGAAGCACGUUAGAUUCUUAUUAUGAGGAAUUGGUGUCUUAUAUCAAGCUACAUCAUAAUAUUAAUAGUAUCAAUUCGGAUACAGCCAGCAUUUCAACUUCCUCUACCAGCAAAUCCAUAUUUUCAACCAGAGAUAAGCAGCAACCGGAAACAGCCAUACAUAAAACCACUACUCCUGCUUCACAAUUGUCCAAUUCUAGAAAGAAAUCAGGCUCUCCUUCACUUGAAUCUGAUCUCAAUAUGGCAGUGGGUUUGUUUUUCACUGCUGUGUUGAACAAUUCAAGAACCAAAGACUCUACAACCAUCACCAAUGAAGAGCAGAAGGACAAACUCAUUAUGGAAGUGGAAGAGAUCUUCACAAGUCUUUUGGCGCUGUUCAUUACAUGCCCUAAUAUUUAUUAUUACUCUAAAAGACUCAUGGGAGAAGGAACUACUCCAGACUAUAACGAUCCUAUCUUAAGAGCAGAUAUUGACGACUACAUUGCAAAUAAAGUACUUCCCUUCAAGUUUUCAUUGGUUUAUCAUCCUUUAAGCCCUGUUUCCAAGCUCUUUGAAGUUGCUUUGGCAUUGGCAUAUUCCAUAGUGCUGCCCCAAUCCUGUGAAACCGUUUACCGAUCUCCUGGUGCUUAUCUUGCAUACUACAGCAUCACCAAUAUCACUAUCCAGUCCAUAGCAGAAAUUUGUUUUAGCAUUGAUUUGUCCGACUCCAAAUUCAAGGAUUCUUUCCUCUUUGUGAAUCGACUUUUGGAAAGAAGGCAGGCCAUAAAGUUGGAUAACAUGAAGUUUGAAACCUACUUGUACCCUGGUUACACGGAUAUUUGUCUUUCGGUUGAAAAGGCUAUAGUUCUUUCAUUGUGCAACAGCGACAUUCAAUACUACAACUUGUCCAAGACAGCUAUGCGAAACCAUGGCAAGGAAUUGGAGAACUUUGAGGCUCUUGGCUUCCCCGUAAACAAGCUUGACACCUUGGCCGACGUAUUUCAAAGUUUGGUUGAGAAUGACGCCGUUUUCACAGGGUACGUUUCGCUUCACAAGCGGAUCAGACGUCAUUUACGUCAAGCUGCGGCCACCACAUCGUUGUUUGAAGCCUGGAGCUUGAUUUACCACCGUUGGUUGGACGUUUUGGACAAUAGAACAACCGUCUUGUCGAACUCCACGGAGGAAGGACUUGUGUUUCGAAACUUUUCAGGGUUCCUUUCGGCUACCUGUGGUAGUUUCCUACUGGAAGAGUUUGCCUUGCAACAUCCUGUCAAAUACAAAGAAGCCAAAACGCUUAUUGGGGAUUUCAUAGAUCGGUGCAUUCAAAUGUUAACCAGUUCGGACUUGGUCAUCCGGGUGGUGAUGAAAGAUGCCUUGGCUACGGAGUCUCAUGCCUUGGUGUAUGACAUGAUUUGCAAGAAGUUGACCAAUUUCUGUGAACAAUACCUCAAUGCAGCCGUUGUCAAUGAUGAAAUCGUUCUUUUUACCGAACAAACUUUGGUUAUUCUUACCAAUUUUGUCACCAACAAGAACUUGGGCUCCUUCUACGUGCUUGCGCUUUACAAUACAGUGUUGUCGUAUCUUGUCAAGUUUGUUGCGCUCAUUGAUCUGAUCCAAGAUGCUGCCAGAAUCAAGCUUCGGUUCUGUAAGUUGAUCCACGCCUUAGAAAGCGGGAGAGACGAGUUGGCCAUGAACGGGCUCUUGAAAACCAGAAGCUACUUUGUCAAAUAUGUAUGUGAAUGGCUAGAGAAUGGAGUAUUUUACGAUGAGCUUUCCUCUUCUUCUUCAUCUCCCGUGGGGGGGAUGCUCGCCAGUUCGUCUGUCUCUAUACAAUCGACAGCCACGACCUCAAGCAGUAAGAACGACUCGAGUGGUCUGGCGACCAGCAUUCAUUCUGCUGGGUCGACCUCUACUCCCAUGGCUGCGCUGACCAUUCAGUCCAAGUUUAAGGACUCGGAAAUUGUUUAUUUAAGCAUCGAUGUCGCCAACGAAUGCGUCAAGACUUUGACAGUCAUUCUGGAGAGAUUGAUCUUGGAAGUGCCCGAAAAUACCUCCGAUAAGGACAUGAAGAAGUACAAAGACUUUGCCUUUGGUAAUUACUUUUCUCUUUUCUACAAGAUCCUCCAGAAGUACACCGCUACGGAUUUAAGUCCCACGUUGAUGCGAUCCAAGUACAAGAUCAACCAAAUCAUCGACAACGUGCUCAAGUGCAUCUCCAACAUGUUGCAGACCAAUGGAGACAUUGGAAUGCAGUUUGUGUUGCCCUUGGGUUACCAUGAAAACACUCGAAUCAGAUCCAUUUUUCUUAAUGUGUUUGCCCAGAACAUCAACAACCGAAUGAGUGUGGCUGACGACGGAGCGUCGUACGACGGAGUCUUUGAGAAGUUGGGCAACAUCGUGGACAUCAUGGGGUCCGUGGCAGAAGUGGCAUCGCCUACAGAACACACUUUACUUGCCUCGUCGUUGUUUGCAGUCUUCAAUUAUAACCACAAGACCAGCGAGUUGUUGCAGGUGUUGUUGGCUAAGGAAAUCAAGUAUGUUUCCCGUUCGACCGACAUCUUCCGCCGGAACAGUACGUUGACAAGAUUGUUGUAUAUGUUUGCUCGGAACACCGGGACUUCGUAUUUGGAGGCCACCGUGAAGCCUUUCAUCCAAGAAUUGAACUUGAAUGACGUUGCUAUUGAGAUCGAGAAACCGAGAGAUUCGUAUGUUCCGGAUGCCGACUUAUUCAUGUAUUUUGUCACGACUUUGGUGGAUAAGAUCAUUGACUCGAUUGAUUUAAUGCCCGACGUCUUGAAGAUUGUGAGUCGCCAGAUUUACGUCACGGUGGAAGCCAAAUUCCCCGAGGCGGUGUUGAUAGCCGUGGGGUCGUUUAUCUUUUUGCGGUUCUUAUGUCCGGUGAUCAUCAGUCCUGAGGCUUAUUUGGAUGGUGUCACCGUCAGCAAUCCCAAGGUGAAGAGAACGCUAAUGCAACUUGUGAAGAUCCUUCAGAACAUGGCCAAUGGAACGUUGGACUUGUUCAAGUUCCCGGGGUUAAUCGAUAAGAUGGAAGAAAUGGACCAAUUGAACACCAAAGUGCAGUCGUUUUUGGUUAAGGUUUCAUGUGUUGAAAACAACACCAAUGAUGAUACUCAGCAUCAGCUUGGGCAGUUACUGGAACUGCUGCAACAGCUGCAAGUCUUGUUCCCUCAAGCAGAGGUGCCAAUCGCAGAGUUAAGGUUCUUACACCGUUUCUUCUACACCUACGUUAACUCCAUUCGUCGUGAAUACAUGACGGACGUGGCUCACGUUCAGAAGAGUACUUUCCAAGCCAAGAUGCUUUGUUUCAAGAGGUUUGAUGAUCUUUUAUGGGGGUGGGGCCAGCCCCGAGAGUUGUUGAAGUUCCAAAUCGCCAAUCCAUACAAGGCAUUUGACCCUAACCAAGGAACGACGCAGGACUUUAACGAUUUCAUGGCUAAGAUGUCUCAGAAAUACAUUGACACUGCUUUGGAUAUUCCCUUGGUUCACAAUGCCUUCUCUCGUGACGGGACUCCGGUGGUGGUGUGCAAUUUGAAACACUUGAAAGACUUCAACUUUGAUUGUAAGUUUUUGGUGUACAAAAUGUUUGAAACCGCUAGUCAAUUUUGGGAUAACAAGUUCAACUUGACGUUUGAUUUCACUGAGUGCAUGCUCACUAACCAUUUACUCCAGACUUAUACUUCAUUGGUUAAACUGUAUGCUCCAGCACCAUUCUACGUGAAUUGUAUGAGAGUUAAUUACUUCAAUGUACCUCGGUCCGUUAUUCCUGGACUAUUAGUCACUGCCAGUGAGUCUAGAAAGGCUGAGCUUUUUAAUAGAAUUCAUUUCCAUUCAGUUUUGGAUAACAUUGAUGUGUUGGAAGACAUUUGUAUUGAACCUUCUUCCAUAUCCAUUGCUCGAGACAUAAGGGUGGAAUUCAGAGACGUGCUCUGCUACGAAGUUGGAGGCUCCAACGACACCACUGGUGCCAGCAGAAAGGUGACCAUUAACAUUGGAAGAACCUGGCUCCGGGUGGGAGACCAAGAGACUAUGGACACAAGCAUUACGGGAACCGCAAGCUACCAUGCUGUUAGUGUGUAUCGAUUGUCCGAGAUCACCAAGUGUGAGAUCACCAAGGAUAAAGGAAGCGAAGACGAAUUCACCGUCUAUGUUAACGACGAUAUUCCCUUAACGUUCAGAAGCAAAGAAAGAGAUGAAAUCCUCAAGUAUUUAUACUUUGCGACUUCGAGAAUCCCCAAGAAGUUUGGCUCCGAUUUCGGGAAAGUCGCCCACAAUGGUGAAGAUAACGAGUUAUGGAUAGGAACUCUUGUGAACGUUGCGUUCCACGGGUUAUUGGCGAAAACACUGGAUGUUCGUAGGGCCUCCCAAGCUUUAUUGGCUUCCCUUUUACAAUUUUUGGAAGUUGAUUUGGGGAUGACCAUCGACACGGCUCCCAACUUACAGUUCCCUCUUGAUGCCACCAAUUUUGUGGUGGAAAUCUCUAAACUAUUAGCCACCAGUCAUCCAGAGUUGACGUUUGGGAUAUUCACGGCGUACUUCCACGACUACGAGAAGUUGCCUCGAGAACUCCGUUUAAGUACCAACUUGUACAUUGCUCCAUGGAUCCAAAACAUCUGCAGCGAAAUUCUUUUGAAAGACGAAGUCAAUGGGCCCGAUAAAGUUGCGGAGUUUGCCCGUCAAUUCUGUCGAAUCACGGCGUUCAACAUUGAAAAGCUUUCGGUCAUCAAGGAGGUGUUGUGGAAGAAGUUGUUUGCCAAUCCUCGGUUGACCAUCAUCUUGAUUGAUGAAGUGGUGGCUUUUGCUCUUGAUAAGAAGGACAGUGACACCGAAUGGACCAGCAUCAUUUGCGUGAUUCCUCCAUCGUACGAAACGUGCUCCAAAGUCAUCAACAGGUUGAUUCACUAUGUCCAAAACACAGAUAAGGUGGACUCGCCCAUAGUGUCACAGAGUAAGUUGAUGGAAAUCACACUCUUGAUUCGAAUCUGCAGCUCGUUGUUCUUUGACUCCUAUAAGUACGCCCAGUUACAUUUUCCAGAUGUUUGUUUUAUCACCUCGUUGUUCAUCGACAGUAUUCAUGUUGAUGUGGGUGCAGACUUACAGGGCCUCUUGAUCAAUGUGUUGCAAUCGUUUGUUCAGAAACCCGGGUUGACCUCGUACGAACUCCAGACCAUUAACGAGUCCAUUGAGUAUUUCAGCAGUCAACGAGCCAAGAUGUUCUUUGGUUUGACCACCACCGAAAGCAAGGCUUCCAAAACAGAUCCCAACCAGAUGUUCAGUAAAGCCAAUAUGCUAGAAGCCGUUUGUGACCAUCUCGACAACUUCAUCACUGUAUUUCGUACGUGCGACGAUCGCUCCGGCUGGAGAGCAAGAUGGUGCAGUAAUGCUGUGGACGUUGCGUUCAACAGGAACUCCAUUUUCCAAAGCAGAGCAUUGUUAAUCGUGGGAAUCAUCUCUCGGAACGGCAUUGCCGACUCCACAGCGGCCAGAUGGUUGAAACUCAUCAGCAGCUUGGAAAUAAAGAAGUUGGAAACGGCCACCACGGCCACCUUGGCUUCGGCCAGACUCUACAAUGGUUUAGAACAGAAUUCGGCUUUGGCCUCGGUUCUUGUGUGGCCCUACAUGGCCCUAGCAUUCAUGAACAGUCCAGUAUUAUACCAACCGGCCAUCCAAUGUUUCACCACGGUGUUGUGUAAUGCCAUUGCUGCCGGUGAAGAUUACGUCGACAAGAUCAUUUCUGCCAAACGGUUUUUGGAGCCGCAUAUUUCCGAGUUUGAGUCGACCAACGGUCUUCAAAUCACCGCUAAGAACUUUGGCGUCCAUGUGUUUUACGUGAUGACCAUCGGGUUCAAGUACUCCCACAUCAGACCCACCUGUUUGGAGUGUGUCAAGCGGUACUUCACCUUACGGUAUCUGUUACGGGAACGGACCCCGGUUUUCGGAGACAACAUCCACGACAAUUGCGUGGCCUACGUGGUGUUCAUCUACUUGUGUCUGAGCAAGAGUGAGUUUGAAGAGUACUGUCACAGCAUUGGUCUCAGCAAUGAGCUUGUGACGGUGGACGACCGGUUGACGUUACCCAGAGUGGUGACAGACUUUGCGAAGAAGGCCGAACCUUCGUCGUACAUGUUGAUCUACUUUUCGGCGUUGUGCAAGGGAGACAUUGACCCCGUGUUCAAGUUGAAGUUCAUUGAGUUCUUCUACUAUGUGAUGAAGGUGAUCCCCAAGGCUGCUCUCUUGGUGUGUCACUUGCUUGAGCCUGUCAUGGAGUCGUAUUUGGCCAGCACCAGCAUCGAGUGUCUUGAUAUGAUCUCAGAGAUAAUGCUCUUUGUCAUCAACAGCAAGGACUACGACCACACCAAGAACGUGGACGAAGUCCAGACGAUGUUGGCGUCCCGGAAGGUGUUUGUCAUGAGUUCUCCGGCGUUGAGACCAUUCAACUAUAGAGAUAUCCGGGUGUAUCAAGAGAUGAUCUACAGAGGGGCCUGUUCGUAUGCCGAGGGCAAUAGACUAGAGAACUAG